AAAAAGCUUAAUAAGAACGGAACUGAGAAUCAAAUUUACACGGAAAUAUAUAAACACAUUAAAGUAAAAAGAAAAGUUAAAGACUUAAAGUGGAAGAAGAUAUGUUGUGGGGUUUGCAAUUGGCAACCGACCCUAAAUGCUUUUUGUGGCUUCUUUUACAUAAUUUUAAUCUCUUUUUGUCUUUCUUACAAUUCCAUCACUGAUCGAUCGAAUUCAAACCCUUAUGUUACGCCUCUUUCUUAUAUAACUCUCGCUUUAUAUUCACACUCUUUCUUCUCCUUCUCCUCCUUUUUCUCUCUCAAGUUCUAUAUAUUUAUGUUCAUAUUUGUCUCUUCAAUCAUUUGGUUCUAGCUAAAACAUUAGGAAGUGUAUAUGGCUCCUGUUUCAAUGCCUCCUGGUUUCCGGUUUCAUCCAACAGACGAAGAGCUUGUCAUAUAUUACCUCAAGCGAAAGAUUAAUGGUCGAACGAUCGAGUUAGAGAUAAUACCCGAGAUUGAUCUUUACAAAUGCGAACCUUGGGAUUUACCCGGGAAGUCCUUGCUGCCAAGUAAAGACCUAGAAUGGUUUUUCUUCAGUCCUCGAGACCGGAAAUAUCCAAACGGAUCAAGAACAAACCGGGCGACAAAAGCCGGUUACUGGAAAGCCACCGGGAAAGAUCGUAAAGUGAAUUCACAUUCGCGGACGGUUGGAACAAAGAAAACGUUAGUAUAUUACCGAGGAAGAGCGCCUCAUGGCUCACGUACCGAUUGGGUCAUGCAUGAAUACCGUCUUGAAGAGCAAGAAUGUGAAUCUAAAUCCGGCAUACAAGAUGCAUAUGCACUUUGUCGAGUGUUCAAGAAGAGUGGUUUAACCAACAAGAUAGAAGAAAAACAACACCAUGUCAUGAAGAACAAAGCGACGACUAGUGAACAAUCUACUUCUAGUACUUGUUUGUAUUCCGAUGGAAUGUAUGAAAACCUAGAAAACUCGGAAUAUCCAAUCUCACCCGAUACAGGAGGCUUAACUCAACUUGGUAAUAUCUCAUCGACGUCAGAUAUAGAAACAAUAGAAAACAAAUGGAGUCAGUUUAUGUCGCAUGAUACAUCCUUCAACUUCCCAGCUCAAUCUCAAUAUGGAACAAUCUCAUAUCCUCCGACAAAGGUCGAGAUAGAGUUAGAAUGUGCAAGACUACAGAAUCGUAUGUUGCCAACGGUGCCACCACUAUAUGUAGAAGAUCUCACACACGGAGAAUAUUUGGGAAACAAUGUAGCUAAUGAUACAGAUGAAAUGUUAAGCAAGAUCAUAGCAUUGGCUCAAGCCUCCCACGAGCCACGGAAUAGUCUUGACUCGUGGGAUGGUGGUUCUGCUUCUGGAACCUUCAAUGGAGACUUUAAUUAUUCCGGAGAAAAGCUCGCAUGCGUACAUGCGAACAUGAAGGCAGUAGAUAUGCAAGACCAUUAUGGGAGGUUUAAGGAAGAAAGGCUUGUUGAAAACUUGAGAUGGGUAGGGGCAUCAAGCAAGGAACUAGAAAAGAGCUUCAUUGAAGAACACUCAACGGUAGUUCCUAUAGAAGAUAUUUGGAGCUAUCAUAGAGACACUCAAGAACACGAAAAUCAAGAUCUUAUGGACGUUAACAACAACAAUGGAGAUGUGGAUGAUGCUUUUACACUUGAGUUCUCAGAAAACGAACAUAAUGAGAAUCUUUUGAACAAGACCGAUCAUGACACAACGAGUUCACCACGUUUUGACGUGGUUAAGAAAGUUGAGGUUAGCCAUGGACUGUUUGUUACAACUCGUCAGGUAACCAAUACAUUCUUUCAACAGAUUGUACCAUCGCAAACCGUUAUUGUUCAUAUAAAUCCAACGGGAGUCAAUGAAUGCUGUCAUAACGUGACAUCAAAAGAGACGGAUCGUGUCCGUGAAAAAAUAAAUCCUCAAACCAACGGAGUAGUCUCAACAUUCCUCGGACAAUGGAGAAAACUCGCGUAUGUUUUUGGUUUUAUUCCUAUGCUUCUAUUGAUGCGUUGUGUUCAUCAAAGAGGUUACACUAACAAAAACCAAAGCAGUGAAAGGUACUCGACGCAGCCUAAGAUAGGAGAUUGUAACAAUCCGGGCACAAUACUCAUGAUGGAAAAUGGUGUCGAGAGAAGAAAAAUUUGGAAGAAGGAAAAAGGCAGAGUUGAUGAACGAGGUUUGUGGGUUCAAGAUAGUUUCUUGUUGAAGAAGUUGGGACUUUCCCUUGCUAUCAUCUUAGCUGUUUCUACCAUAAGUCUUAUUUGAGUAUUGAAGUCAUAUAUGCCUUUGCCCUUUUUCUGUUGUACUCCCAUUUGCCUAGCUAGGUCAUAUUUUUCUCUUUUGUUUUUCCCAUUUCUCUAAACCGAACUGAAUUUCUUCGAAUUAUAUGUGGUUCUUUUCUGUUUCUGUAUUAAGUAAUAUGACCUCUCCAGCUGAACGAUCAAUCUUUUGUUUCUUUUC